AGGUGGGUGGGGCUACUUGUCACUUUGCAUUUGCAGCAAAAAAAUGAUGAAAGUUCCCGACAGGUGGUUGGAUUAUACUCCUUUAAAAGAUCAUAUAGAAGGAACUAGAAUAAUAGCGAUAAAGACACCACUCAAAGAAUUUUUCAAUACAGGACUGACUAGUGAGGAGAUGGCAAAGAGAAGAAUAGAUACUGGAGUGCCAGUAGAGAAAGAAUUCACAUCCACUCAGUUGGUGAGAAUGCUACAAUCGAAAAAUUUAAACCUGGGACUUGUAAUUGAUUUAACAAACACCGAUCGUUACUACAGCUGGAAGUCUUUUGAAGACUUGGGUAUCGAACAUUACAAGCUACGCUGUCCAGGACACGAAAUCCCUUCAGAAGAAAUAUACAAAAGUUUUAGUGAAAGGUUAUCUCGAUUUCUUUCCAAAGAGAGCAAUGAAUAUGUUGCAGUACACUGUACUCAUGGUGUUAACAGAACAGGCUAUUUGAUAUGCAGAUAUCUAGUUGAGCACUGUGGUUUUGAAACUGAAGAUGCCAUCAAAAAAUUUGGUGAUGCAAGGGGCCACAGUAUGGAACGAGAGAAUUACCUCAAGGAUUUGAGAAAACUUGUUAACGAGGGAGACAAGAGUAACAACGAAACCGGGAUUCACUUGAAACACAUGCCAAAAGAAAGAACAAGGCGAGACUAUAGAGAGAGAAGUAUUUCGCCAAAGCCCGUUUCAAAUUUUGAUCAACAAAGCUCUAGAAGAGAGACGUAUUGUGAUGCUGAUUGGAGAUCAAGUGAGAAAUGGAGGUCACCAUGGAGCAGCAGCUAUUACGGCAGAAGUAGAGACAGUGAUUACUGGAGAAGAAGCUACCAGUAUUAUGACAGAUAUGGGCAGAGGAGCUAUCACCUAGGUGAUACUGACUGGAGAAGAAACUAUGAUCAUCAUCAUUAUGGGUAUGAUUCUCACUAUCAGCCACCACAUCAAAGAAGAGAUCACCAUCACUAUGAAAGUGGUCCAAGAUAUGGUCAUAGUCAUGAACAGGAUAGAAGUCUGUAUAGAGAUUUUUUUGAUACGAAACCCAACGGAGAAGAUUUCAGUUCAGGGUCACAGGCCAGCAGGAGUCAUGAAUACAGCUACUGGUGCCCACAGGGAAGGCCACCUUCCUCUCGAACACAAAGUUGAUUGUAUAUAAUGAUAAUAUGUAAUUGUUAUUUCAAUAAUA